CGCUACUUGUUUUGCUUUACGUUCAUCGCUUGUUUUGCUUUACUUCAUUCUUUCAUAGAGCGCUCCAUUGCUAAAGAACCCCAUCAUGUCUUCGUUUCAACCAGUUAACCCGAAACCAUUCUUGAAAACUUUGAUAAAUAAAACAGUCAUUGUCAGGUUGAAAUGGAAUAAAACCGAGUAUAAAGGUACUUUGCUUUCAAUAGAUAACUACAUGAACUUGCAAUUAGAUAACACCUAUGAAAUUGUUGUUGAAAACAAUGAAAGAAAGGAAGAAUUGAUUGGGGAAAUCUUCAUUAGAUGUAAUAACGUUUUGUUCAUAAGAGAGGACACCACAAAGAUGGAAGUUACCGAGAACUAAUUGGCCAAUUGAGUCUCCAGCAAGAGAAGUGAUAAUAGUCAGAGUACAGAGAUAUCAUUACAAGUUCAUGAAUAGAUUUAUAUCUCAUGAUGGGUCAGGUGGUAACGUGAUACGUAGUCAUAAGUCAGAUAGCACUGGGUUUAGCACCUACCGGGGCCAGAGACGGUAACCUGGUUACAUACACUUGAUAGUCUUUAUAGUGAAUAAAUUACAUCUUGAU